CCGGGAGCGGGGCGGACGCUCCUCCAGUCCACUCUCCGCCUCCGCGCUGCGGCGCGCGCGCGCGCGCUCCGGAACCGAUAUGGGCGCUGCCGAGUGGGCAUCGUCGUCCUUGCUGCCGCGUGUGUCUCUCCUGCUGCUGCUUCUGCAGCUUCCGGGGCUGUCGGCGGGCUCCUGGGACCCGGCCGGUUACCUGCUCUACUGCCCAUGCAUGGGGCGCUUUGGAAACCAGGCUGAUCAUUUCUUGGGCUCCCUGGCAUUUGCAAAGCUGUUGAACCGCACCCUGGCUGUACCUCCUUGGAUUGAGUACCAGCAUCACAAGCCUCCCUUCACCAAUCUCCAUGUGUCCUACCAGAAGUACUUCAAGCUGGAGCCCCUCCAGGCCUACCAUCGGGUCAUCAGCCUGGAGGACUUCAUGGAGAAGCUAGCACCCACCCACUGGCCCCCUGAGAGGCGGGUGGCAUACUGCUUUGAGGUGGCAGCCCAGCGAAGCCUAGAUAAGAAGACAUGCCCCAUGAAGGAAGGAAACCCCUUUGGCCCGUUUUGGGAUCAGUUUCAUGUGAGUUUCAACAAGUCUGAGCUUUUUGCAGGCAUUUCCUUCAGCGCCUCCUACAAAGACCAGUGGAUCCAGAGAUUUUCUCCAAAGGAACAUCCAGUGCUUGCCCUGCCAGGGGCCCCAGCCCAGUUCCCCGUCCUGGAGGAGCAUAGGCCGCUCCAGAAGUACAUGGUUUGGUCAGACGAGAUGGUGAGGACAGGGGAGGCCCAGAUCCAUGCCCACCUCAUCAGGCCCUAUGUGGGCAUUCACCUGCGCAUUGGCUCCGACUGGAAGAACGCAUGCGCCAUGCUGAAGGAUGGGACGGCCGGUGCCCACUUCAUGGCCUCGCCGCAGUGUGUGGGCUACAGCCGCCACACCGCCGCCCCACUCACCAUGACCAUGUGCCUCCCCGACCUGAAGGAAAUCAUGCGGGCCCUGAAGCUCUGGGUGACCGCGCUGGAUGCCCGGUCGGUCUACAUCGCCACAGAUUCUGAGAGUUACGUGCCUGAGAUCCAACAGCUCUUCAAAGGGAAGGUAAAGGUGGUGAGUCUGAAGCCUGAGGUGGCCCAGAUAGACCUGUACAUCCUUGGCCAAGCUGACCACUUUAUUGGCAACUGUGUCUCCUCCUUCACUGCCUUCGUGAAACGGGAACGGGACCUCCAGGGGAAGCUGUCCUCUUUCUUUGGCAUGGACAAGCCCCCUCAGCUGCGGGAUGAGUUCUGAUCCAGGCCAGAGCACAUCACCUCUCUGAGCUGUUCCAUCCAGCCUAGCCUGGCAGCCAGAGGUGAUCCCAGGAUUGAUCCCCAAGGAUCAGAGAACAGAGAAAAGCACCAUGAACUUCCUGGAGGAGGAAGACAGUCCAUCUCCCAAGGCGCAGGACUUCCAAGCUUCUAGUAGCUGGACCAUCUCCUUUCCUCACGUGCUUCCUGCUGCUUCUCCUGGGAAUUUCUCACCCAGCAAAGCAGUUCAAGCUCUGUCUUUUGGUCUGCUCCUGCUCUGACCAGCCUGGGAUGCUGAACUCUCUUCAGAGAGAUUUUUUUAUAUAUAUAGAGAAAGAGAUUUUUAUAGUUUUGCUGCAAGAUCAUGACUACCCUAGAACUCUCCCUUAUUUUAAAAACUUCAUGAAGUUUAUUAACGUAGGUACCUAAAGUGACCUUAACAGAAUAUGGAUAAGGCCAGGGGUGGGAUGGAUGUAUUGACCACUUUUCCAGGUGACCUCCAAAGUGGCUCACAGGCUUAUCCCCACUGCCUGGCCAGAGCCAUUGUCAACUCCUCCUUCCUAGGCCAUUUCCGGGGUUUGGGGCACAAACCCUCUGCUCUACUACAGUGGACACUAUGUGGGUAGAAGUUAUGGAUCACUGUGCUGUCAGUCCUCCUCAGAUGGCUAAGUGCUGCUCACACAGCACGUUGCUAGCAAGGAGCACAUGCCAUCAAGCCAGACGGUCACAGUACUGCUCUCAGAGUCUCUUGGUAGUUGGUAGCCUGCCACAAACCUGGCACCAUCAGGGUCUCAUAACACAUCACCAGGGCCAGAGCUUGCUGCCCUGGUGAGAUCCUUCUGAAGGCUGCUGUCUCCUCUUCUGAUCUCAUGUCCCAAGGGGCCUGGCCAUAGAACUUUGCCAUUAAGUUGGUAUCCAAGGCCUGUCCUCCCAGCCUUCCUCCUGCAGCUGGAGCCCUCAGACCAUAUUCUCACAAGGGAGUGUUCGCUAAGCCUCUAACCAGAUGGAAGAUGCCCAGUACCCAGGAGCCACUGGGUCUCCAGGGGUUUUUUUUGCCCAUCUCAUCUAGUGUAAUCUCAGCCAACCCCAUGAGACUUAAGAUGUUACAGUCGUUAAGUUUCUUUGUCUCUCAGAUGCUAUAGUUCUAAAAAUCCAUGACUCCUGAGAGCCUGUGAUUUUUUUGUUUGUUUUUUUUGUUGUUUUUGUUUUUUUUCUUUUUCUUUUUCUUUGGCCUUAUGGCUCUCAAAUUCAUGUCUAACACCUGCUGAUCUCUUCCUGGCAUUUGACCUCCCUUGGCCUUCGAUCCUAGGAAGAUGGAGGAGACUGAUGAGAGCCACGCCCAGAGCUCCAGGCAACAAUGUCUCCCUUGGGUUACCUUUGGGAAGAAAUGUUUUUUUUUGUCAGGGCAGACUGGGUCAGAGGCUGCAGGGCAAAAAAGACCUGAACACCAAAGGUGGCAUUACCUGUUCAGAACUGUUCACCAGCCUCAUCCAGAGACGCAGGAGCCCCUGCCUCAGUCGAGCAGCUGGGGAAGUGUGGCUGUCUGGCUGAUGUCAUUUGCUGAAUUGACUUUCUGCCUCACCCUGAGCACAUGCGGUAGAGUCGGGCUCUGAUGAGUUGUCCAGAUGCAGCUCAUCGGCUGUCAUACUAGCCUGUGCUUCUGGAGGCGAGGGCGCUGGGGUUGUAGUCAGAUUCCGUGUGUUCUGUAGGCGAGCACUUUAUUCCUCUUUGUCACAGUUUCCUCACCAGUAAAAUGGUGAUAAAACCGAGGGGUUGUUGAAUGGCCCCAAUCAGAUAAAGCAUGUAUAAGAGCACAAUGUAAACUUGAAAGAGACAAAAGCACAUAUGCAGCAGUUGAUUAGUUGGACUGUCACUUGUCACACACCUCCUCUGUGCCAGGCACUGUGCCUGCUAAGGGCUUUGUGGGCAUUCUCAGGCUUAGCCCCCACCCCAGCCCUGGGAAGCAGGAACUGUUACUGUCUUCUUUUUGCGCAAGGCAGAGUUAACUCUCAGAAAAUUCUCAUAGCCUUCCUGAGACCGCACCGAUGGUGGUGGUGAGCCGGGAUUUGACCUCCGAAAGCCAGUGCUGGUAGCCAGCACACUCUGCUGCCUCCAGUUCACAAGAUGUGCUGUGUGCCCAGGAGGCCUCGGAUGGAGAAAUGGUCAGUCACCUUACUUUUCGCAGGGCUCCUGCCGUGGGUCUGCCGCUGCCCAGUGGUUUCGGGGAGGGGGAGUUUACCCAAGAAACAGAAAGCUCACAUGAAGCUUCCAGUUCCCUUGGGUGGUUACUUAGUUCAGCAUUCUUUCAUUCAACAGGUGUUUGUUGACCCUACAGUGUGCCAGGCUCUGUGCUAGUUACUGGGGAUUCAGCAGAAAAUCAGACGUAAAGUCUUUGUUCUCAAGGAAUUUGCAUCCUAGUAAGUAGAAGACAUAAUAAACAAAUGCACUGUGGGUGGUAUUAAAUAAGUGCUAGAAAGAAGAAUAAAGGACACGGCGGCGGGGUGCAGAGGGGGAGCAGUGCGGGUUUAGAUGAGGAGCUCAGGUCAGACUGCUGUGGAGGAAGGAAGGGCACGCUCAUUCAGAGACAUCUGGAGACAGCAUUUUCCCACGGAGGAAACAGGGGCAAGUGCAAAGGCCCUGAAGCUGGAGUGAAUGAAGAAUUGCAGAGGCCAGCGUGGCUGGAGUGGCAGAAGCAAGGCAGAAACAGAGCAGAUGAGAGCAGGUGAGGGGACUCGUCAUUCAGCCUGGAGGGCAGUAUCAGGUCAAGACUUGCCUGUUUUGGAGAGAGGUGGGAAGCCUUGUAGGGUCUGAACAGAGGAGGGUCAGGGUCUGAGUUAACAUUUUUGAAGGACCUCUCUGGCUGCCACGUGGAGAGGAGAUGGGAGGGCAGAGGGUAGAAGCAGGGAGACCACAGGCUGUCACAAGGGUGCAGGUGAGAAAGACAAUAGGGCUCAGACAAAGGUCAUUGCAUUGAAGGUGGUGGGAAGCCUCAGACUGGAUACAUGCAAUUACUUUUAAAUUUCAGUCUUUUUUAAAGAUUAAAGUCUUUGCAUAGUCUUAAUCAUGCAAUAUAUACAAUUUAAUGUCCGAUUUUUCGCUUAAUAGUAUGUAUUUUCCAUGUUGGCACAUGGCCUGAAUAAAUGUUUUUAAUGACAUAAAAUUCCAUUGAGGGGUGUCACAUAGCUUAUUGUCCUAUCAUGAGAACUUAGUGUGUUCCCAAUUUUUCAGUGUUAUUAUUUGGGAAAUGUUUUUAUUUGUAAGUUUUUUUCUGCAUCUUAAUUUCUUAGUAAGAUGAAUUCCCAGAAGUGGAUUUGUUAGAUCAAAGACUUAAAAAUAAAGCUUCUUUUUGGAAAAAAAGUCAAAUAUACAUAAUAAACUACCCCCCACAAAAAAUAAAAUAAACUCCCAGUUUCCACAGUCCUCAGCAUUUCCUCAGUCUUGUUUCACUUCCAUCCUACCCCUAAGUCCAUGUGCUGGAGACUUAAGAAAAUCUGAAUAUGUUUUGAAGAAAGCACCAGCAGAGUUUGCUGACACACUGAACUGAGGCAGGAGGGAAGAGGAAAGUCCAGGAUGCUUUGAGGCUCAUGGCCCAACCAACAAGGAGGAGGAGUUGUCCGGGUCCCUCUCUUUUCUACCGCACCAGAUGCUAAUGGUAUUCUCCGAAGGUUCCUUGGUGUGCUGGUUGACAUGGCAGAUUCUGGUGGCCAUCCAGGCCUGAGGAAUCACAAUAUCUGUGGUGCCCAGGAAUCUGCAUCUUAAGAAGUACCUACAAGUGGUUUUGAUGCCCAGUAGCCCAAGACCUACUUAAAUUAUGGUCCUCAGACCAGCAGUAUUAACAUAACCUGGGCCAGCUUGUUAGAAAUGCAGGCUCUCAGGCCCUGCCUCAGACCUGCUGGUGCAGAAUCGACAGAUGCAGCCCAGGAAUCUUAAGCUGUCCAAGAGUCAAAGUUUGUGCACCACUGAUAGGAAGGCUAUGGUGAUGGUGCCAUGCGGUCAGCCAGCAAGCAUUUAUGGAGGACCUUCUCUGAGCACCCCUACCCCUAGCCCCAAAGUAAAGAUCUCUUUCCUCAGUUUUCUCUCCACCAAGCGUGGUCAGCGGCAUUCAGCGGCAUGGCUAUAGGAGGUACCCAGUAGUGCUCAGUUUGUGUUGUAACGUUGACUUAUUUCUCUUUUUAUGCAUUGGAGGAAAUACACAACUAGCUAGCUGAACCCUCAAUAUAAUGGAUUUCAUUGUUUUUGGACGGGGCCAAAUUUACAUAAGCCCCAGGGGAGUUAGAUUUUUAAAAAUUAAGGAACUACCAAUAGAAGUGGGUUGUGGAUUAGGCAGAAAUGGAGGAACUCAUGUUUAAAGGAACCAAAGCUGGGAAACGCUGUCCUGAUACAUCAUAGACCCUCCAGAGUAUGAAAGGGAGUGGAGGGGAAGGGGGCAAGGAAGGAGAGAUGGGGUAGAGGAGGAAGAAAGAGUUGGGCUCUCAUUUCCCUGUUCUGUUCACUUCAGAAAAGCUUAGGAAAAUAAUAACCUUUCCCUGGCCCCCAAAUAAAGAUCCUUUCCCUCAAUUUUCUCUCUAUCCUUAGUGGGGUUGACAGAAAAAAAAAAAA